AUGGCUCGUGUCUACGCGGAUGUCAAUCAGCAGAUGCCACGGUCAUAUUGGGAUUAUGAUAGCGUGAACAUUACCUGGGGCGUGUUGGAGAACUAUGAAGUUGUGCGCAAGAUUGGACGAGGAAAAUACUCGGAAGUCUUUGAGGGAAUCAAUGUCGCCAACUACCAAAAGUGUGUUAUCAAGGUGUUGAAGCCAGUCAAGAAGAAGAAGAUUAAGAGGGAAAUCAAGAUCCUACAGAACUUGUCAGGAGGUCCAAAUAUCGUUGCCCUCCUUGAUGUUGUUAGGGACAGUCAAGUAAAUCAUACAUUUCCUACUACUCCGGUCGAUGUUCUUCUCAAAAGUGGGAAGAAUGGAAAAUCGGCGCUCACCGGUCUUGAAGAACCCCUUGAGAGAGAAAAUGACGACUCAUAUUUAAUGCAGAGCAAAACACCCUCGUUGAUCUUCGAAUUCGUCAACAACACCGACUUCCGAAGCCUUUACCCUAAGUUUGUGGAUUACGAUGUCCGAUUUUAUAUUUAUGAGCUCUUGAAGGCAUUGGACUAUUGUCACAGCAAAGGCAUCAUGCACAGAGAUGUGAAGCCUCACAAUGUGAUGAUUGACCAUGAGAACAGAAAGUUGAGACUCAUCGAUUGGGGUCUUGCGGAAUUUUAUCAUCAAGGCACAGAGUAUAACGUUCGAGUUGCAUCAAGAUACUUUAAGGGACCUGAAUUGCUCGUUGACUUCCAGGAAUAUGACUACUCCUUGGACAUGUGGUCAUUAGGUGCCAUGUUCGCUUCGAUGAUCUUCCGAAAGGAACCAUUCUUUCACGGAAACAGUAAUUCGGAUCAAUUGGUCAAGAUUGCCAAGGUCCUCGGUACGGAAGAUUUAUUCGACUACCUCGACAAAUAUGAGAUUGAGCUCGACGCACAAUAUGACGAUAUCCUAGGCAGAUUCCCGAAGAAGAACUGGCACAGCUUUGUCAAUGCCGAGAACCAACGAUUCGUUACUAAUGAGGCUAUCGACUUUUUGGAUAAACUUCUCCGAUACGACCACCAAGAACGUUUGACCGCUAAGGAAGCCAUGGCCCAUCCAUUCUUUGCACCCAUUCGCGCCGAUGAGCAAGCCGCACGUGAGCCACCCUCACAUACUUCGCCAUCCAAAAUCGAGUAUGAGAAUUAUGGGGAGGUUCGUUUCGAAGAGGGGAAUCCGGAGAAGAUUCAAAUUACUAAUCCUGGUAGAUGCUAUCGUCUGAAGAAAGAUUGCGCAACGCAAACUCCCUGUAUAAGGGUUCGUAAACCUCAAAAGACUACUCGGGUUGCACAAUUAGAAGGGAAACUUGACGAUAUCGUCUCACUUCUUCAACAGCAGAAAGGCGUCACGUCCCAAGAUGCAACGCCGGGAUCUUUCCCACUUGUCACCCAUGAAAAUAUCCUUCCCAGAUCUCCACCUCUCUCAGAAUCAGAACCCUCAAGCACAAUUUCCUAUCAAAGCAUCGCUCAUCCACCCCCCAAGCCUCUCGAACUAAGUAAACGCCAAUCGAUCUACGAAAAAAGCACCAAUGCAUGUCUCCUUGCUCACGCCAAUUCGGAUCUCGAACCCAAUGAUGCGGAAAUUGAAAGAUUGAUAAAACUGUACCAGACGGAAAUGAUGGCGAGAUUUCCGUUCGUGGUUGUUGAGACGGGAGGGUUGGCGGGGAAGGAAUGGGUGCGGGGAAAACCGGUGCUAGGGAAGGCGGUUUUGAUGGCGGCGAGUUAUUAUAACUUGCCGAGACAGACGGUUUAUGAGACGGCGUUGGUUAGGGAGUUGACGGAGAGGAUCAUGGUGAAGAGGGAGAAGACGUUGGAGUUGCUGCAGACGAUUCUGGUGUUUUGUGGGUGGUAUCAUUAUCAUUGUCUAGGGCAUCCACACCUAAACAAUCUGCUUGGCUUAGCAAUGGGACUUGCUGGCGAUUUGGGGCUGAACAAACCACCGUCGUCGGAUAGAUUCAAAUAUCCCUUUGGUCAUAGUAGAGCCACGGCGGGAGAUUUCUCCAGGAGGAGUAUGGAGCAGAGAAGAGCCCUGGCUGGAUUGUUCUAUCUCACCUCCCUGGUUGCAACGGGCUUUCAGCGUAUAGAUGCUAUGAAAUACUCGAUACAACUCGAUGAAUGUAUUCGGGUUAUUGAGAAGAAACCCGAAUAUCCUACUGAUCUAUUGCUAGUUGAGCUGGUGAAGAUAUCACAUCUCGGAGAGAAAAUUGGGCAUACUGUUCUAAUUGUUCAGAAUGAAAGUGAAAUUCAAGUUCCUACUGCGCUGAAAUUGGGUUCAUUUCAGACGGAGCUUGAUGCCUUGAAAAAAGGAGUUCCUGUUGCUUGGGGAGAUGAUGUGAUUCUUCAACUCCACCACCAUAUUUCUGCUAUCCGUCUCUACGAAGUCGCAUUAACAAAUGGCUGGACCCCCACAAACACUAACCAAUCCCCUCAAACCACCUCAAUAGCCCGACCAAUCCACCCACCACCUCUCCACCCUUCCCACGUCCAAUCCCUCUACACUUGCCUUCACCACACGCGUUCCUUCCUCGACUUAAUCCUCUCCCUCCCAUCCUCAAGCUAUCUAAGCCAACCCAUCUCCCCCUGGUCCCUUCUCGCCUACGCCCUCAUGAUCCUCGCACGCCUCUCCUUCUACCAAAACCCACUCCUCCCCUCCUGGAACCUUGAUUUUGUCCGCGAAGUCUGCGAUCUCUCAUGGGUGUUGAAAGAACUUGCAGAUAGGAAUGAUAGGGCAAAGUUUGUGGAUAUCAAUAUCACGACUGAAGAUGGAGAAUGGGGGAAAGAUGCAGAGGUAGAUAGUGAUGGGAGACGGGUGGGAGAGGGCUGGACAGAUUGUUUUGAUAAGUUUGCAAGGAAAAUUAGGUUGGUGAGGGGUUGGUAUGAUCAGAGAGUUGCGGCAUACGGGGGUGGAGCUGGGCCUGCGCCGUUGGGAGAUGGGUUUAGAGUGGAUAAGAAUGCAUUGGAAGCUGGGGGUGGUGAGGUGGUGAAUGAAGAUGUUUCUGAGGGAGAAACGCUGACGCAAAGAGAUGCUGAAUUGGAGGGAACGGUAAAUGCACGGGUGAAUGAGGAUAUAAUGCCAGUGUUAGACGAAAUGGAUAUGAAUUUGCGGGAUGUAUCUAAUGAGCAAACUUUCUGGAUGGAUCUAGGUGGCGAAUGGGAUAUAUAUGGACUGGGGGUGAUGGAUGGGAUGUUAUAG